CGGCCCUCCCUCCCUCCCCCGUGUCCCAGAGCAGAGUCCCUCCCUGGACUGGGCUUGGUGGGGAGCGGGCAGGGUGUGUGGGGUCUGGUGAGACUCACAUCUGGUCUGAAAGGUCACGGGGCCUCUGCUGUCGGGCCUCCCUUCAGGGAGAGCACAGCGGGGCCCUGCAGGGCUCUUCCCCUUCCUGGGAGGCCCCUCAUGUGACGGGGAACACGGAGCCCGGGCUGUCACACCCCGCGCAUGUGUCUGUCCUACAGGCUCUGAGGACUCUGCAAGCUGUCUGCACCGCCGGGACCAUGGGAGGCAGCAUCAGGACCCCGACCCUCACUGCCCUUCUGUGCCUCGGGCUGUGUCGGGACCCGUGGGGCCAGGUACAGGCAAGGUCCCCCUCCAGACCCUCCAUCUGGGCUGACCCCAGCCCCAACGUCACCAACUGGAGCCCUGUGACCAUCUGGUGUCAGGCGCCUUGGCAGGCUGAUGUCUUCUAUCUGUAUAGAGAGAGGGCCUCUAGACACAUGUCCAUGGAGAUCUCACAGGAUUCCAGCAACAAGGCCAGUUUCUCCCUUGAACUCGCAAGCCAGCAUGAUGCAGGGAGAUACCAGUGUCAGUAUCACAGCCGGAACGGCUGGUCAGAGGGGAGUGACUUCCUGACCAUGGUGGUGACAGGAGUGUACCCAGCACCCUCCCUCUAGGCCAUCCCAGGCCCCAUGGUGGCCUCAGGAGGGAACGUGUCCCUUUCCUGUAGCUCACAGAUCCCACGGCAGACCUUCCGUCUGCUGAAGGAGGGGGGAGCUGACGCGCCCCGACACCUGGAAUUGAAGUUCCCUCGUGAGAAGAGGCAGGCGCUCUUCACUGUGGGCCCUGUGAGCCCCUCCCACGGGGGGACCUACAGGUGCUACGUUUCUCCAGCUUCCUACCCGUACACGUGGUCACUCCCCAGUGAGCCCCUGCACCUUCAGGUCACAGGCGCCUACAGGGAGCCCACCCUCUCAGCCCAGCCGGGCUCGCUGGUGCAGCCUGGAGACAACCUGACCCUCCAGUGUCACUCGGAGGCCAGAUCUGACACUUUCGCUCUGACAAAGGACGAGGGGCUCACACCUCUCAUGCGUCUAGAUGGGCAGCCCAGCCCCGACUUCCCCCUGGGCCCAGUGAGCAGCUCCCACGGGGGCCGGUACAGAUGCUAUGGUGGACACAACCUCUCCUCCACGUGGUCGGCCCCCAGUGCCCCCCUGGACAUCCUGGUCACGGGACUGCUCAGGAAACCAUCCCUCUCGGCCCAGCCGGGGCCCCUAGUGUCCUGGGGAGAGAACGUGACCCUGGAAUGUCAUUCUGAAAUCUGGUUCGAUACCUUCUACCUGUCCAAGGAGGGGUCACCUGCUCCUCCCCAGCACAUUCAUCUGCAGGACACAGCUGCACCUUAUCAGGUCAACUUCAGCUUUAGUCCUGUGACCUCAGACCAUGAGGGGAACUACAGGUGCUACGGCUCACAGAGCACCUCCCCCUACGUGUUGUCACAGCCCAGUGACCCCCUGGAGCUGCUGGUCUCAGGAGGUUCUGAGGAUGCACCAGUCACCCCAUGGAGGGGUCUCACCUGGUACCUGUACGUCCUCAUCGGGGCCGCGGGGGCCUUGGUGCUGCUGCUCUGCCUCCUGGUCGUCCUCCUCGUCCGUCGCCGGCGUCGGGGCAAAGGCAGGAAGCUGGCAGCCGCAGUCCCAGCGCCUGAGGACAAAGGCCUGCAUGAGAGCUCCGGUCCCAGUGCCGCCAACGCUGCCCAGGAUGAGAACUUGUAUGCCGUCAUGAAAGACAUAGAGCCUGAAGGGGACAGACAGCUGGACAGCCAGGCUGUGGUUUCUGAAGACCCUCAAGAUGGGACCUAUGCCCAGAUCAACUGCUUCGUUUCUGAAGACCCUCAAGAUGUGACCUAUGCCCAGCUCAAUUGCUUGACCCUCAGGCGGGAGACCAGCGGACCCCCUUCCUCCCAAACAGAGGACCCCCCAGUAGAGCCCAGUGUGUAUGUGUCUCUGGCCAUCCGCUAGCCCAGGCAGGACCCACAUCCCACACUCCAGGGGUCUGGAAGGUCUCCUGCAGGAGCCUGGACGGCAGAGGAGCUGCCCAGCGAAUGCUACCUGACCCUAGGCAGCCUGGAGACGAGACAACUACUGGGACCCGGUGGAAACUUCUAGAAAUUCCCAUUACACAGCUCAUCUUACAGUUCCUAUAAAGGGACCCUGCCCACUACAAGGAUUCCACCCUAAGUGCCAAGACCACGAAUUAGUAAGUGCCAACAUGGGGUGGGGGAAGGGCAGGGCCUACCAACCAGCACUAGGAUGCAAGGACUCAGGACCUUCCACAGGCUCCAUGGCAGGCAGGCAGCCUCCCAGGACCCCAGGGCCAUCACUGAAGCUGGGCCCUUUCAAGGGAGCGGAGCCCAAAGCCACAGGACUGACUCAUGCAGCAGCUGCAGCCCAGGAGCCAUUGCUCAAUGCCAAGGGCCUCUCAUUUCCUGAGACCAAGGCCCUUCUUCCCCCUCCCAAAGUAGAGGAAAGGGAAGCCCAGCUCCCUCCUGGCCAGGAGUGUUCAGACUCCAGAUGCAAGGGGAGGGGAAUGGAGCACCUUGAAUGUCCCUUCCCACAGGCCACUAAUUAGGACUUACCCACCUCUCAACCACACCAAAAGGAGCUGAGCCUGUGGAUCCUCUCAAAGACUCCCUACCAAAAACCAACUACACUAGUUCAUCUCCACCAGGGACCCCAGUUUCAGCUCUCUGCUCCCACCCCAAUGUUAACCCCUGACCUUCACUUGCUACUUCCUGUUUGAAAAGGAUUCCACCCCACCCCAAUGCAAAUAGCUGGCUUGGCAACACUGGUCUCCCCACAGAGAUCAAGUGGGGUGUAGUUCCCCUGCCCCAACAAGGACCAACAGCUGGUAGGCUCCCCAGGCCCCUUUAAACAAAGGCAAUGCUCCAAGUGUGAACUUGCUAGUUUGAGAAAGCCUGGUGAGGGAGCCAGCCUGGGCUUUUUCCCACCACAGAAACCUGUGUUCAGAGAAGGGAGACAAACCAAUAAACACCAGUUCCAAAGGA